AUGGAAAAAUUGUCCGGACUGAUGUGGACGUGUAUGACGGACUUCUUCACCUACGAGACCACCAAGUCGGUGGUGGUGAAGAGCUGGACCAUCGGAAUCAUCAACCGCGUCGUACAGCUCCUCAUCAUCACCUACUUCAUCGGGUGGGUGUUUGUGCAUGAGAAGGCGUACCAGAUCAGAGACACGGCUAUAGAGUCGUCGGUCAUGACCAAAGUCAAAGGCUUUGGACUGUACAACAACCGAGUCAUGGACGUAGCUGAGUACGUCACCCCCUCUCAGGGGGCCUCUGUGUUCUGCAUCAUCACCAAACUCAUCACCACAGAAAACCAGGUGCAGGGAUACUGUCCUGAAAGUGAGAUGAAAUACAAGUGUACGCACGACAACAACUGCACUAAGUUCCUCAACAAGCCUGGGGGAAAUGGUCUUCCGACGGGCAGGUGUGUACGUUUCAACGACACCCUUAAUACCUGUGAGAUCAGAGGCUGGUGCCAGGCGGAGAUCGACUACAUCAAGACGCAUCCUAUGAUGGAGGUGGAGAACUUCACCAUCUUCAUCAAGAACAGCAUUCGUUUCCCCCUCUUCAACUUCACCAAGGGUAACUUCCUGCCAACCAUCACCCCUCAGUACAUCAAGGCGUGUAACUUUGACCAUGAGAACAACACCUACUGCCACAUCUUCAGGGUGGGGGACGUCAUCCGCUAUGCACACCAGAACUUCACCACUCUGGCACAGAAGGGAGGGGUGAUAGGUAUAAAGAUCGGCUGGAUGUGUGACCUGGACAAGUCAGAGGAUGAGUGUAACCCCUCCUACUCCUUCACCCGGCUGGAUGCCAUGUCAGAGAAGAACAGCGUCUCCCCCGGGUACAACUUCAGGUAUGCUAAGUACUACAAGAUGGACAACGGGACAGAUUACCGUACUCUGCUCAAGGCCUAUGCCAUCAGGUUUGAUGUGCUGGUCAAUGGAAAUGCAGGGAAGUUUAACAUGAUCCCGACUCUGAUCAACAUGGUAGCUGCAUUUACGUCAGUUGGAGUGGGCACCGUGCUUUGUGACAUCAUACUCUUGAACUUCCUGAAGGGAGCAGAGCAAUACAAGGCCAAGAAGUUUGAGGAGGUAUCAGACACGCAGAUCGAGAACUCCUUAUCCAGCAAUGGGCUGUAUCGGAGUAGGGAGUUCAUUGGAGUAGAGAAGCAGUCAAACGACUCAGGGGCCUUUUCCAUUGGGCAAUACGGCUAA